AUGCUACAGAAAGAUUCUUGGCAUCUCCUAUACAAAGAUCACAUCACCAACGAGGAGAACGACUACCAAAGAAUCAACGUGCCCCUGUGCGAACUGAACACCAACCUCCCCAAGGCUAAAGUGGACCAGUCCUUUGUCAAUGAACUUUCUCAACUUAUUGCCAGCACAGUCAACAAGCCAGAAAGGGGAGUGACCCUGCGGGUGAACCCUGAUCAAGUCAUGAUGAAAGAAGGGACACUAGACCCAGUGGUUACCAUGACAGUCACCGGGUUCCUCAGUCAACACUUCACGGAUGCUAUGAGGGAGAAAUGGAUGACGACACUCACACCUUUCCUGUCAGAGAAGCUAGGCAUCACUGACCACGGCAGAAUCGUCGUGGUGUUUCAUUCCAUUGAGCCAACGCAUUUUGGGUUCUCCGGCAUACUUGCCAGCACACUGCUUUAAAGAAAAUUCUUAAUAACUUGGUUUAAUUGGGGUAUAUUAAAUGCAGGGUUUUCUGUGGGUUAAAAUUUGGUAAAUUGGAUUUUGUUAUUGCGUUCUAUACGUAUUUUGUAUAUUUUUGCACAAAAUG